GUUUUCGGCUGCCGAGUGCCCCUCAUUAUACGGACCCACUGUAUCGUCAUCCUAGGUUCGCUUGAGGUUCAAGCUUACAGAAACCUGCCAUCUAAGUUUGUUGUUGACACAGUCCGUCCUCACCUCAUUCACCUCUCAAUUCGCAACCAAGUGUUCAAACGGUGAUAGUAGAGAGCCACUCCUAUCACCUUAGCUCACUUGCUACCAUCAGCCCAUCAUGGCGCCUCCCGAAGUUCACCAUCUUUUCCACAACCCCAUCGCCGACCACUCCUUCUCGGCCGAUCGUCAGACGCUGGCCAUCGCUCGCGACUCGACCGUUGAGCUCUACGGCAGGGCUGAAAAAGGAUUCAGACUGCAGGAUGAGCUCAAGGGACACGAUAAGACGGUCACUAGUGUAGACAUUGCGCCCAACUCGGGCCGCAUCGUCACCUGUUCGCAAGACCGUAACGCUCUUGUCUGGGAACCCUCUCCCACCGGAUACAAGCCGACGCUGGUGCUGCUCAGGAUCAACCGAGCGGCCACCUAUGUGCGCUGGUCGCCCAGCGAGACCAAGUUCGCCGUCGGCUCCGGAGAUCGCGUCAUCGCCAUCUGCUACUUUGAGGAGGAGAACGACUGGUGGGUAUCCAAGCACCUGAAGAAGCCCAUCCGCAGCACUAUCACUACUGUGGCCUGGCACCCCAACUCGGUCCUGCUCGCCGCCGGUUCCACCGACGCCCACGCUCGCGUCCUCAGCAGCUUCAUCAAGGGUGUCGACACCAAGCCCGAGCCAACCGGCUGGGGUGAGCGCCUGCCCUUCAACACCGUCUGUGGCGAGUACCUCAACAACUCGGCCGGUUGGGUUCAUGCUGUGGCCUUCUCCCCUUCGGGAGAGGCCCUGGCCUUUGCCGCCCACGACAGCUCCAUCACGGUCGUCUACCCCGGCGGGCCUGACCAACCUCCGCGUGCGCUGAUUAGCAUCAACACGCAGCUACUGCCUUUCAUGGGGCUCGUCUGGAACGGCGAGUCGGAGAUCAUUGCCGCUGGUUACGACUGCGAGGCUUUCCGCUUCAGGGGUGAUGAGGGCGGAUGGCAGCUCAGCGGCUCCCUCGAGUCAAAGGGCCGCCCCGGUGCAGGCGCCGAGCGAGAGGAGUCUGCGCUGAAUAUGUUCAGGCAAAUGGAUCUGAAGGGCAAGGUUAAGGAUGACACGCAGCUCAAGACUGUUCACCAGAACACAAUCACCACCAUCCGCCCCUUCCAAGAGUCGGGCUCGGGACUGGUCAAGAUGAGUUCCAGCGGAGUCGACGGAAGAAUUGUGAUUUGGGAUGUCUAAAAUUCCAGUUUAGAACACAUUAGCAAUAAAAACUUCAUGGUGGACUAAUCGUCAAUCCUGGAGAAAUGACCCAUUUGGUUACCAGUUGCAUAUUUUUGAAUAUGUCAUGGUGAUGCGUGGGCAAUCAGUCAAAGCGAGCAAAGCGACUGGUACAUAUGGGCCUCGAAAUUCAAUGUGGCUAAUACAUCUAAUUUCAACGUGACAGAUUCAGCAUAGCUCAUCAGCUUUCCAAAGCCAAAGCCAAAUGUAACCGAG